UCCGCUGCGUGAGGCACCCAACUCUUUUUUUUUUUUUUCUUUUUGUGUGUGUGCUUCACCUGACAAGCCACGUGCUUAGGGCCGCGACCGUGCUGCAUCCGAGUGUCCAGCCCCGAGUGAGUCCCGGGCUGCGGUCGCCGUCGGGGCUAUCGGGAGCAGGACAAUGUGAUUUCCUGGUGAUGGCGUCUUGCCAGUUUCCAAAGCACAGCGAAAGUCGCCAACUCGCUGCAUACGCGCAGCGGCGGGGACCUCUGGGCGUUUCUCAUCCGGGACUCCGCAAAAGUUUGGCCCCAGGGGUCGGCGGCAGAGGACACCCGAGCUCGCGUGGAUCCUGGUCGCGGGUCCCGGUCGCCCCGACGUUGCCGAUGCCGCCGGACAACAAAGGGCCGCGUGUGCCCGAGCGACGCGGGCCGGGCGGGGCGCGGGGCGGCUUUUGUCCCUCAGGUCCUCUCGGAAACUUCAGCGGCGGCGCAGCGAGGCUGUGUCCGUGGGGGCGCCUCGGCCUGCGGGUCACCCAUGCGGCGCGACGGAGCGCUGCUCGGCGGGGCGCACGCGUGGCUGGGGCUCCGAGUCACGGGAGGCCGCGUCUGGGAGCUUUGAACCAGAAGAAAAGAUGUUUGGUUUUCACAAGCCAAAGAUGUACCGAAGUAUAGAAGGCUGCUGUAUCUGCAGAGCCAAGUCCUCCAGCUCUCGGUUCACGGACAGCAAGCGCUAUGAGAAGGACUUCCAGAGCUGCUUUGGGCUGCAUGAGACUCGCUCAGGAGACAUCUGCAACGCCUGUGUGCUGCUUGUGAAAAGAUGGAAGAAGCUGCCGGCAGGAUCCAAAAAAAACUGGAAUCACGUCGUAGAUGCAAGAGCAGGCCCCAGUCUAAAGACAACACUGAAACCAAAGAAAGUGAAGACUCUGUCUGGAAACAGGAUGAAAAGCAGCCAGAUCAGUAAGCUGCAGAAGGAGUUUAAACGCCACAAUUCUGAUGCUCAUAGCACCACCUCAAGUGCCUCUCCAGCCCAGUCUCCAUGCUAUAGUAACCAGUCAGACGAGGGCUCAGAUACAGAGAUGGCUUCCAGCUCUAAUAGAACUCCGGUUUUUUCCUUCUUAGAUCUUACCUACUGGAAAAGACAGAAAAUAUGUUGUGGGAUCAUCUAUAAGGGCCGUUUUGGGGAAGUCCUCAUCGACACUCAUCUCUUCAAGCCUUGCUGCAGCAGUAAGAAAGCUGCUGCCGAGAAGCCAGAGGAGCAGGCCCCAGCGCCUCUGCCCAUCUCCACUCAGGAGUGGUGACUGAGGUUCAUUUAGAAGGGAGCGAAGAACGAUUUAAACUUUGAAAAGACCACAAAACAAACUGACCCUCCUAUUUUUAACUUGGAUACCUGCUAUUCUGCCAAAAGACAUUUUCUAGAAUAGUUUUUAAUGGGUUACUAUCCUUACCCUUCACCCAACCAACUCUGAAGCCAGUCUCUAGCUUACUGCAAGAAAAGACGUGUACAUACUAUUUAAGAUGCUGAGUAUCUCAUAGGAAAGCUGAAUGCUGCUGUAAAGUGCUCUUUAAGUCUUUUAAAAUCCCCUCUAAUGAAUGGAAUAGGGGAACUUCAGGGGACAGAGAUGGGAUUUGUUGUGUGAUAAACCAUAUGUAGUUUAGUCUUUCUGUGGAGAGGCAGUGGUUGGGGCAUUUUUAAAUGGCUGGCUACACUUCUUUUCCCUCAUGAUAAUUUGUCAUAACUCAGUAGCAUGACCUGUCCCUAGAAGGUAGUUAAAAUUUUUUACAUGCUAAGGCGUUGCCAAGGUUCUGAUGAUUCAGACCUGUACUACUGAUUAUUAAGCAGGACAGACUGAGCUUUCUGCAAAUAGCUUGAAGGAGGAAGCAAUUUCUGAGCACACAAGUAGCACCGUGUCGCCUCCCCUUAUCUUCACAUUGAUAAAAGACUUUAUGUGGAUCUCGUAAAACAGAACCAGAUCUCCUUCUGGGGAAGGCCUGCCUCUAGGAUGGGCAAGGUCCUGUAGGGAUAGAACCAAAGCAUCACCACAAAGUAGAGAACACAUGUGGUUAGAAACUACUUAAUCAGAAUGGCUAAGUCCUGGGGACGCAUGGACACAGUUGUUGAUGCUGCUUGGGGCGUGUCUCCUAGAGGGCUCACAGUAUGUAAAUAAUUGACAUUGGUGUUAACACGACUGUCUGGGAUUCACUGAAAUCCACAUGAUUCAGUUCUAGCUCUGGAUUACCUCAGUUGACCUUUGUGGAGGUUUUAUCUGUAGAGUAGCUCUUUGCCUUGUCAUAAACCUUAUUAGGGUUUGGGGUUCUGUUGUUUUGUUGUUUCUCUCCCACUAUUUAAAGCUGACUAGAAGGGUUAGUUGUGUGUUGAGGCUAAGUUGGGUGGUUGGGUCGGCUUCUUAACAUUAAGAUAGCUGAGUGGAGCUCCACACCUGGAUCUCAAUGACUCGGUUGGCUUCUCAGUGGAACCCAACUGAGGUUGUCUAAUCGCCUCUUCUCAAAAGUUCAGGAAAAAGAGUAGUGCCACGUGAGACCUCACAGAGGAGGUGUACGUGGCUGCCUUAGUAUUCUGUUGCUCAUGAUUAUUUUAGAAACUGGAUUUUUAAAGACUUUUAGAGUUUCAUAACAAGGAAAAGCCACAGUUUGUGUCAUCCUACAGUUUUACAUCGUGUAUUUCUUCCUUUUAGAAAAAACCUACCUAGUACAAGGUACCACAUGCACAGACUGCCCAGUGAAUGGGUCAAUUCUCCACAGCCCUGGUGUAGUGCAGAGUCCAGUCAUUACCAUUCUCCUGCGUUACUUUGACAUGGGAUUUUUUUUUUUUUUUGUACAUUUUGGCUGCAGUAUUGGUGGUAGAAUAUACUUUGAUGGAUCAUCUCUACUUCUGUAUUUAUUUAUUUAUUACUAGACCUCAACCACAGCCUUCUCCCCCUCCACUCUCUGCCUGUAGGAUGUACUGUAUGUAGUCAUGCACUUUGUAUUAAUAUAUUAGAAAUCUACAGAUCUGUUUUGUACUUUUUAUACUGUUGGAUACUUAUAAUCAAAACUUUACUCUAGGGUAUUGAAUAAAUUUAGUCUUAUUAGAAAAUAAAA